UUACAUUUUAACAAUCAACAUUCGACUUGUUAUAAGUACUUGUGAGAAACACUUGUAGCUGAAUGUGAUUUUAUUUAUAACGAGAGUUAGCAAGAUUAUGUGAAAGUUUUCGGUCUAGUUUUUCGUUUCUGUUUAAGUCUCAUUUUAAACUUUUCGCUUAUCAGAUAUUCAGUGGUAACCCUGGCCAAUGGCUGAUCUACUCACUAAAGAGUUUACCAGUCCGCGCUUGCAAAGGGCUUUGACUCUAAACGCCAGCAUGGAGUCAGACCUGGCUAAAAAGCUUAAUAUAAUAGAAGACAAAAAGCACAGUUCGGAGAGAAACUUAAUUCAACGCCGGGAUGCAUUUCUCCGAAGACAGCAGAAAAGGUGGCCCAAGCUACUCCAAGUAAACAGCCUCGAAGAACAUAGAAGCACUGUGUGAAUGACGAUGAUCGUACUGGCCUUAGAAGAGCUUACUCCACCGGAUACCUAGACCAAGAGAGUCCAAGGGAACGCACUGGACCUCACAGGAAAGACCUUGAGCGCACAGAUCCCUUAUCCUUAUCUCCUAGACACGUGCGUCGAAGUCUACAAAUGAGUCCUUCAAUCUCGUACGAGUUUUCAUUGAAGGAACGAAAGCUGAGUGAUGGGUCCCGAGUCUGGCUAACAAGACCGCCAGCAGACAAGAAUUCAAACAGCCUGACGUUGCCUUCUAUUUCAAAUCGAUUGUAGAAAAGUGAGAAUAACCUGUCAGAGGUUUCGCUGAUACAAAAGCAAACAGCACCACACAAGCUGUCUCUCCCUAGUGUGGAAAAUUCACGGAGCCGAAGCAUCAACGAAGAGCUCCUCACAAGAGGCAACCAAACGCCGACUUUCUCACGACGGAAAAACGCGAAGCUAGCUCAUCCCGAGCUGGAACGAACUACACCCGAGAUGACCACGGCGAGUUCGCCACGAAUCGGGAGAUUGGGAAAGAGAAUAAGCAAACAAGAUAGCAAUGGCUCAACGGAGGGGACAAAACUGCCUGUGCCGAAGUCCGCGAGGCCCCGCUCGUCUUCUACGCCGAGUCUGUUCGAAUGUGACCCGGACUCCCCCCCUCUGAAAUCGGAUAAUCUGCGCAAGUUUCGUGCGGUUGUUAAAGCAGUGUUGCUAGUUAAAGACCUUGAGAACUGCCGGUACCUCAGCCCGAAAGACUCAGAUCUUAAAGAGGUGACAAUACCCAAUGUGUCAGCGGACAUCCUACAAGGGUACGCGCAAGACGACUUGUGCUCAGAUUUGAACUCGAGCUCUGAUUCGCUCGCACAGAUGUUUGAAGCGGUUAGGAAAUGCAGGUACCUCCGCAUGCCUUUGAGUUUAGAGGAAGAAAUGUACACGGAAGCACACCGUAACACGCCCCCACUCAUUAUCAUAGGACACACCAAAACUGUGUUUGCAGGGGUGGGCUUGGGCGAGGAAAAGGUGGAAAAAGUGUGGGAAGAGGGAGAGCCUGAGUAGCAACCAAUCAGCAUGCGUCAAUAAACAUGAAUACAACAUGGCUCCUCAAAAGUGAGAAAAUCCACAUACACAGACUCCAAUACAAGUUUUGCAGAUCGAAAUUGUUAAAAAAAAAGCGUUUGUCAUGUGGUGUUUUAAUGAUGA